AGAGGAGGGCGGUACUUCAAACUACUCGCCAAAAGUUGCCAAGCCGGCCAGCGAGGGAGCGAGGAGCAAGCAGCCCGGGCCACAGCAGCGGGCAGGGUGGGACAUACACGCACACACGGGGGGGGCAAUGCUGCUUCCACAACGCGCAGUGCCUCCGUGCCCAGCCCGCUUGCCUCUCUGCUUCUGUGUACACACUCCCCAGCAUCCGAACGACCCACCUUUUUGUUUCAUCCUUGCCUUUACUACAAGACAGAAAAUAUAAACGAGACGAUCCUAUGACCUGGGACGUUUACCGAGACAGAGACAGAGGUUGAGGAUGGGACCUCUGUGGAGCUGGUGGUGUCUGUGAGAUGGUCGGAGGGAGGUCUCACCUGGUUGCCCCGGCAAGCGUGCGACGGUCUGGCCCGCCCCGCCACCAGAGCCCCCCACCGGAGCCCCCCACCUGCUUCCGCAUCUUCCACGACGAGGAGUGGGUGGUGGUGGAGCGGAGCCUGCGUGUGCUGGAGGAGAGCGGCUUCUACUGGGGGCCGCUGCCCGUGGACAAGGCCCACGCCCUGCUGGAAGCCCAGCCUGUGGGCACCUUCCUGGUCCGGGACAGCACCCAGUCCAACCACCUGUUCAGCCUCAGCGUCCGCGCCCGCAGAGGGCCCGUCAGCAUGCGGGUGCAGUUCAAGAGGGAGCUCUUCUGGUUCGACAACGCCCACUUUGACUGCAUGGUGAAGCUGCUGGAACACUGCGUGGACUGCAGCCGCGGGCAGCCCUUCGUGUUCGACGGGGGCGACGCCAUCGUCUUCACCUCGCCGCUGCGGAGAGACCCCAUGCCCAAACUGCAGCAACUGUGCAGGAGGAACAUCAUCCGCCACUUUGGGAGGGAUGGCGUGGCCAAACUUCCUCUGGUGCCCAGUCUCCAGAAGUACAUCCAGGAGUUUCCAUUCAAGAUAUAACUCGGAUGAAGAGCACAAGGGUGAAGUAAGUCUUUUUCUCUUGUUAUGGCGGAUGAACCAGUUCAUCGUGACUACUGUCCAAGCACAGCGGAGGCGAGCUGAAGAUCAGGGCAUCUUCAGAUGAAGAUUAAGGCAUCUUCAAAUGAAGACCAAGGCAUCUUCAAAUGAAGAUCUGGGCAUCUCGUGCUCAGUCCGCCCCAAUGGGCUAUCGAAGGGGAGCGAGCGCUGAGUGCUACGGAUUGCGGGCGACAUGGAGCCAGGAGUCGGGACCCUUUCGCAAACGUGCGGCUUUGAGUCGACACGCUCCACGAUAAAAGAGACACUCACCGGGAGAACAAGGGCACAAACGAGAGAGAAAUUAGUGUCUCCGGCCAAUUCUGUCACGCAAAUCAUUGCCAUGCAAGGCCGUGCUUUUCGAGGUUCCACCUGAAGCUGAAACAGCCUGAAACAUAAUUCCGCUAAAUAUUCGAAUGAUUUAAAAUAAUAUAUUUUGAUACAUCGUUUUGAAGAUGUAAAAUUCAAACCGCUGCGGUGAGAAGCGGCAAAUGAGUAACCAUGAUGAUCAGAACAAAGUUGUGAGGAGAGAUAUGAAUGGAUAUGGAUUACUUUAUUGUCAUAGGUGAUAAGGCACAGUGAAAUUCUUUGCAAGGUAUGCAAAUAGUCGCUACAUAAAGGACGCUGACAAAAGUUACAAAGUACCUCCACCAUCUCCUCCAUUGUUGCUCCCCCCCCCCCCCCACCUCAUGGCCGUCUCCCCAGGCAAGGUCCUCCAUUAUUCAUUGUUCUUCCCCCCUCCUUUCACGAUGGUCCCCUCUUCGACCGCAGACCAUACCGGCUUGGAGCGGGGAUGUUAAGUUUUGAACAGGGGAUGCUGAGGGGAAUCUUAAAUCUAAGUCCAUAAAGGUACAAGGAGCCUCGAUAGAACAAACAAGAGCCUGCUUCGCUGGGUCGAGGUUCAAUUCAGAGCAGGCACAAGUUUAAAGCUUGAAGUAAGCAAUAGACAAUAGGUGCAGGAGUAGGCCAUUCGGCCCUUCGAGCCAGCACCGCCAUUCAAUGUGAUCAUGGCUGAUCAGCCCCAAUCAGUACCCCAUUCCUGCCUUCUCCCCAUAU